AUGCUCGCUCGUGGUACCUUUAUGUUUCUCAUCCUGGCAGCUUGGGCUUCCCAAGCCAUCCUGGCAGCUCCAAUCCUUCGACGCCAGGAUAACGGUGUUAAUUACGCUGGUCCGGUGACUUAUGCCGAAUUUGAAGGAGAAGAAUCUUUGCAGUGGUAGGUGAUCGCGAUCUCGGUGUUCUGUGGUCACCAUGCUAAGCGUUUCCAAUUUUUGUACACCCGCUUGAUGAUGCGUUACAGUGGGCCAACGAUCGGCAACACCGGCCGCGCUGUGACCGACGACCAGUGGUUGGUCGGCGUUCCCAACGUUUUGAUUCAACAGGAAUCCGCCUGCGGGCGCAACGUUACCAUCGUCAUCAACAACAAGACCAGAUGGGGUAUCGUCGUCGAUUCCAAAUCUUGUAAGUUUGACAAGCACAUCAUUGACCGACCGCAAGCAUGUGCACUCACUGAACUCUCCUUCCCAAACGAAAGCGCCCGGCAUCAACCUCAGCCCUGCCUUGUUCCGAGAGUUUGCCCCUCUGAAUGUGUGAGUGUGCCAGUGGAGAGUCGUAUACUGCCGAAGAGCUUUCAGCUGACGAGGCGUGGAUGUCCGGUGCUCCAGAGGCCGCAUCGACAAUGCAGUAUGGUACUUCAGCGACAACGCAAGCCAAGGAACGCAGCCUGAAGCAGGCAGCACCCCCAACCAGAGCGAAGAUCCUGAGAACACGACGGAUGCUAAUACCGACGAUGCCAAUGAAGGAGAGCAGCGCAACGACGACGUGACUGAGAAUGCCACCGAGGCGGGUGCAAACGACGACGAGGACGAAGGUAGCGACGAGAUUGAGGAUGCGAACGAUACCGACGCCCACGCUCCUGGUGCUGGAACGGCGACUACUACGACCACUUCGGACUCCAACACGGCUGCUCAUAGUACGCCAGAAGCCAGCUCUGCCAGCUCGAACAGCGCUUCGAGUGGCUCUGCCACCGCUUCCUCGGCCGCUCAUGGCCACGAGCACCAGGGACACCAGGACACGACAACGCAAGGCGCUGAAGGUACCACAGAUGCCAGUGACGGCCACGACACGCGCGAGGAGGACACGGAUGCUGACCAUACACCCGACAAUCAUGGUGACGCUCAGACACAGCCGGCCGAGGCCACGCAGAUGGCAAUUUCGUGA